UCGGCGCAGUGGGCCGGUCCAAGAUGGUCGUCGCCACCGAUGGCUCCACUUCCGGUUCCGAGCUGACAGGGCCGCCGGAAGCCGGGCCCAGGGCCUGCAGCAGGAGGAGGAGAAGAAGAAGAAGGAGAAGGAGGAGGAGGAGGAGAAGGUGGAGGUCGGGGAGGGAACAUGGAGCAGUGCGCUUGUGUGGAGAGGGAACUUGACAAAGUGCUCCAGAAGUUCCUGACUUAUGGGCAGCACUGCGAGCAGAGCUUGGAGGAGCUGCUGCACUAUGUGAGCCAUCUGCGGGAAGACCUCACCAGCGCAGCCCUGCAGGGGACGCCCCUGUCGGCCACCCUCUCCCUGGUGAUGUCUCAGUGCUGCCGGAAAGUCAAGGACACGGUGCAGAAGCUGGCUUCGGACCACAAGGACAUUCACAGCAGCGUUUCCAGAGUAGGCAAAGCCAUCGACAGGAACUUUGACGCAGAAAUCUGCGGCGUGGUGGCUGACACCGUGUGGGAUUCCCGGGAGAAGCAGCAGCAGAUCCUCCAGCUGGCCAUCGUGGAACACCUGUAUCAGCAGGGAAUGCUGACGGUGGCGGAGGAGUUGUGUCAGGAGUCGACCCUCAAUGUCGACUUGGAUUUCAAGCAGCCUUUCCUGGAGUUGAACCGGAUCCUGGAAGCCCUGCACGAGCAGGACCUGCGGCCGGCGCUGGACUGGGCCAUCUCCAACAGACAACGCCUCUUGGAACUCAACAGUUCCCUCGAAUUCAAAUUACACCGGCUGCACUUCAUCCGGCUCCUGGCUGGCGGGCCCCAGAAGCAGCUAGAAGCCUUGAGUUACGCCCGCCACUUCCAGCCCUUCGCCCGCCUCCACCAGCGUGAGAUACAGGUAAUGAUGGGCAGCCUGGUGUACCUGCGCCUGGGCAUCGACAAGUCCCCAUACUGUCACCUCCUGGACGCCAGCCACUGGGCGGAGAUCUGCGAGACCUUCAGCCGCGACGCCUGCACCCUGCUUGGGCUGUCGGUGGAGUCCCCCCUCAGCGUCAGCUUUGCCUCUGGCUGCGUGGCGCUGCCCGUGCUGAUGAACAUCAAGGCGGUGAUUGAGCAGAGACAAUGCACCGGCGUCUGGAGCCACAAGGACGAGCUGCCGAUCGAGAUUGAGCUGGGCAUGAAGUGCUGGUACCACUCGGUGUUCGCCUGCCCCAUCCUCCGCCAGCAAACGUCCGACUCCAACCCCCCCAUCAAACUCAUCUGCGGCCACGUCAUCUCGCGUGACGCCCUCAACAAGCUCAUCAACGGAGGAAAGCUGAAGUGCCCCUACUGCCCCAUGGAGCAGAACCCGGCCGACGGCAAACGCAUCAUCUUCUGACCGGCACUUCCGCCGGCAGCCCCCACCCCUCCGAGAAUUUCCUCCAUGGUCCAGUUUGGAGCAACCCGGCCCGGCCCUGCUACCCACUCCACCAUCGAGGGGUCACCCAGGGCCAGCGUGGCGAGUGGAGGGGUCGGUUGGAAGACGCGGGGGGAGCCCAGCUCUCACGCCAAGUCCCGACUGCUGCAGGGCCUUUGUGGGGCUAGGAAGUGGGAAUCGUCUGAAACACCCCUUGGGCCCACAUCCCCUCCCCGCCCCGGCACACAAACUGUUCCUGCUUUAUGUCACUUGACAGAGGAGCAAAGAGCUUAAACCAGCUCCGUCCUUCGGUCCCCCAGCUCGCCCUAUCGCACCGCAGCCCAUGUUGUCUAGACUUCGCCUUUCAGCCCUGGGCCUCCUGUCCGCCACCCCCACCUCCGACUGGACAGAGCCUCAUGCGGACUUACCCAUUUUUAACCUUGUAAAUAUCCCAAGCGGGGUUGAACGGACCCGUUUUAUAACGUUGAACAAAUAAACCACUGUCCCCUCCCCACCUCCCUAA